AUAUAUAUAGAACAUCACUUGUAUAAAUUAAUAUCCAUGUUAAAUUUGUGGUACUAGAAUAACAAUUUGUUUAUUUUAUCUAUUUAUUUUUCUUCUAAUUUCAUAAAGGUAAUAAUGAGCAUGGUUUUUAUAAGAAAUGUUGCUCUAGUUUCUCUCAUUUUAUUGUUUCACGGUCUUGCAAUAUAUGCAAGGCCAGCAACAUUUCAACAAGACUUCAAAGUUACAUGGGCUGACUCUCAUUUGAAGCUUGUUGAAGGAUGCAGGGCCAUUCAGCUUAUUCUUGAUAGAAAUUCAGGAUGUGGAUUUGCAUCCAAGUACAAAUACAUGUAUGGACGAAUUAGCAUGAAGAUCAAGCUUGUAGCUGGUGACUCUGCAGGAACUGUGACUGCAUUUUACAUGAAUUCGGACACGGACACCAUACGUGACGAGUUGGAUUUCGAGUUCUUAGGAAAUCGAACAGGACACCCUUACACGGUUCAAACAAACAUAUUUGCUCAUGGUAAGGGAAACAGAGAACAAAGGGUUAAUCUUUGGUUUGAUCCUUCUGCUGAUUAUCAUACUUACUCCAUUCUAUGGAACCAUCACCAAAUUGUGUUUUCUGUGGAUGAAGUACCCAUUAGAGUAUACAAAAACAAUGAAGCAAAGGGAAUUCCAUACCCAAAAUCCCAACCAAUGGGAUUGACACUUUAUCUUUAAUAAAUACAAAAGAUAAAGUGUCAAUCUCAAUUUUUUUUUUUUUUAAUAGUAUCUCAAAUCUUUCUUAACCUUCUUGUAUAUCUCGUAUAUACAAAGAUAAGUUUCAAAUCCUUAAACUUUAACCAACUAAAUUAGUUGACAUUCACUUUUUUUUUUUUUUUUUUUUUUUUUGCGGAAUAAAAUAGUAAAGUUGACUGCAAAUUGUACUCAGUAGAAUACUAGUACUAGUAACAGAUUGGUUAACUCAAAUUGGGAGAGGUUUUCUUUUGUUUUACAAAAAUGGUUAAAUCAAAUCACCAUUAGAUUUAUCUUAACCUAUAUUUUCCCAAAAAAAAAAAAAAAAAAAAAAAAAAAAAAAAAAAA